AUGGAGACUCGGAUCUUCGGCAUUCAGGACGCAUGGCGGGAAUUUACUGUUCCUUCCGCGACGCGAACUACUCCGACUUCAAACUCAGCCCAAAGCCCUCGCUUAGCAUUGCACCCCGACGCGCUGACGUGUCUUGGCGGGGGGUCGGUGCUUCAGACUAGGGGAGCAGACUCCGUUCAACCCAAUCAGCGCUUGCUGACCUGGCAGAUCCGAACCGAAAUCCGCCAAUCUCACUCCGUCCUUGUUUUGAAAGAGCUCUUUCCAAAUUCGUCCUUCCCCGCAUCCAAGCCCGCUCCGCUCGUUACAGGAACAUCCGCGGCUGCUGUCGCUCGGCAGUACUCUCAACGGCAGGGAUCGCACGAGGUGCACCUACGGUUCCCCGCGCCCCUUCUCCCUCUCGCAGCCUUUGUCGUCGAGCGUAACCCCGAGAUCGCCGACGACGGGGAUUUUAGCGAGGAUGCUUAUAACGAGGAUGAAGACGAUGAGGAGGAUGGCGAGGGGUUCGAAUCGGGAUUUUCUCGCGCGUCGCUGUACCUGCUGUCCUCGGAUGGCGUGAUCUACUCCGUAGACCUAGGGUUUGGGGGGCUUGACAGCAACAGUAGCGCAUGGAACGACGCAAGCGGCUUAGGGUUUCGCCUGAACGGUGCGUCCAGGUUCGACACCAGGCCUGGCGGUGGUACGGGAACAAAACCCUCCGAACCUUCCCUCCUCGGUAACUUCUCCCUCAGCUGUUUGCGGUCGUUUCAGCUCCCGCCGAACCUCGUAUCCAGGCUCGGUAGCGGUGUGACAUCACUAGCAGCCGGUCUGGACACGGUUUGUCUCGGCGGAGGUUCAGGUACUGUUCUCGCAAUUCCGUUCCGCAAACUCGCCAACCCUGUUGUGCCUGUAACGGGUGGCGCUAUAAGGAGGGAAGCGUCUGGCGGAGCAGGGGUGGCGGAGUUGCGGGAAGGCGAGGGGGCAAUGGCGCGCCUGUGGGGGAUGGUAGGCGCAAGCAGAGGCGCGUCUAUCGCGCUUGUACGGUCCAUUCAGCUGCUGGCACGUGGCGGGCAGGGGUUGGCUGCGGUUGCGCACGCAGAUGGCGUGGUAAGGGUGUGGGAUGUUUCGAGGAAGGUCCGCGUGGCGACGGUGACGGUGGCUGCGGAGUGGGGACCGGGCGGAGCAGCGGCUGCUGCGGGCGCGGGACAGGCAGGGGGGAUUUGUGGCGGCGCAUGGGCCGUGCAGCAGAUCCUUCUGCGCUCUGCGCCUGGCGCCACUCGCUCUGCCACCUCCGCCACCACCACCAGCGCAGCUGCCGCCACCCACUCUCUGCUAGUCAUCACCACCUGUAGAGGGGAAAGGGGCGAGAGGGGGAUGGGGGCGGGCGGGGCGAGGCCAGCAGCUGGGGAGCAGGGGGAGGAUGAGCGCGAGCAGCAGGUGGGGAAACGGGCGGUGGAUGAGGGGGAAGGCGGGGGUGAGGGGCUGUGGAUUAGAGACGUUCGCGUGCUGUCCGCUGCCGGUGGUGGUGGUGCGGGGCGGAGGGGAAGACGGGGCGGAGAAGGGCCGGGGGGUGGGAAAGAGGUGGACGUGUGGCUGCUGCUGCAGGAGGGGCGUGCUCGUGAAGGUACAGGCACAGGCACAAGCGCAGGAACAGUCCCAUCAGCUGCAUCAGCGAAGCACCACACGGUCUGCCUGCCUGUGCGCUCUGUGCCGCUCGCCAGCAAUGCCACUGCCACUGCUGCACGAGAUGCAACAGCAGCAGCGGCAGCAGCGGCAUCUGCACAACAACGUCCUCCCCUUCCUCCGUCCCAGCUGUACGCACCAAUCAGCGCCUGCCAGCUGGCGGAGCAGCAGCUAUCAGCAUCACUAGGCCUCUCAGACUCGUCUCUCCACCAGUUCUUCUCCCCCCCGCCUGUACCUGCCUCGUCAGCCAGUGGACCAGCAGGAGCAGCCGCUUCUGCACCUGCCACAGCCGCUACAGCCGUGGCAGCCAGUGCGUUGGCUGAUAUGGGCGACAGCAGCAGAGCGAGCUUGGUGGCAGCCUUGGGCCUCACUCUCCUCUCCUACCUCUUGGACCGACGGCCGGAUCUGCAGGUGCUGCCGAGCCUCCUGGGCAGCUCCGGGGGCGAGCCUGCCGAUCUGGUUCGGCUGGUGGAUCGGUGGGAGCACUUGGCUAAGCAGUACCUCCGAGCAUGGACGGCUGUGAACGCCCCUGUAGGGCUGAUUGCAACAGCCGGUUCAGGCCAAGGCUCGGGGGCAGGUUCGGGUGCCGGGGCUAUUGGCGUGGUUCGGGGAUGCACAGUGUCUCUGGUGCAAGCGCCUGACGUAUCAAUGCAGAUGAACGAGUGGUGCAGUGCGGUACCUGCAGCAGCGCGCACAGCAGUGAGUGCAGCAGCAGGGCUGGCAGCACCAGUGUCUACAGCAGGAACGCCCACAGGAAUGCCAACAGGAACCGCUACAGCAGGGUCUGCAGGUGCAGGUGCAGCAUGUGGGGAGCGGGGCAGCUUGGAAGGCAGCCCGCCGUUCCUUUCGCCCACCGUUGUUCGUUCCAUGGCCUCCUCAAGACUAGGUUCGGCUGGAUCCGGUUCAGGCAGGUUGAAUGUGGGCGGUCAAGGAAUCCGGCAGCCAAUGGAGGAGCGACAGCUGGCGGCGGUGUUGGGAGAGCUGGCCAGCUGUCUGGAGCUGAUUCGCGGGCGAGUGGGCAGGCUUGUCAUGCUGGCCCUUCCCGCGUGCCUCCUCUCGCCCUCCCUGCAGCCUGCUGAUGCGUUUGCACACGUGGCAAAGUUUCUGGAGUUCGGGCAGCUGGCGCCGGGCAGCUCGGGCAGCGUGAACAGUUUGCGGUCGGCUGCCCGGGAGUUUGUUUCGCAGCAGAACACGGAGCAGAGGGUGUUUGCAGUGAAGCUUCAAGCUGCCCUGGGGAAUUUGAGAGAUGCAGCAGGAGGGAAGUGGGGGGGUGUACUCGAGGUAGUGGAGCUGCUUGUAACGAGUAUGGAUCUGGGUAGACUCCCAGAAGGUGCAUCUGGCUGUGGGUCCCAAGGUGCAGCAGCAGCAGCAGUAGCAGCAGCGGAAGGGCAGAAUGGGAGUGGGGAGAUUGAUGAUCUACCAAGCAGCACCCUCCUCCCGCCCUCCCUCUUCUCCCCCUUAGAGCUCUCUCACGGCCUCACCCUCUUGCUAGGAUCACACCUUCACCUCCUCCUCUCCCUCCUCCCUCUCCUCCACUUCCUCCACCUCUCCCGCUCCCCAUUCCUCCUCUCCCCCUCCGACCGUUCCUUUCUCUCGCGCCGCCUGCUGCCCCGCACUCACUCCCUCCUCUCCUCCACUCUCCUCCUCCACUCUCUCUCUGACUCCUUUGCUGCUAGGAGCCCGGAAGAUGAUUUCUCAGUGGAUCUCCUCUCCCUGCAUAUUGGCGGGAAAGGCGUAGCUGACGUGGACGGCGAUGCUGACGUGGCUGUGGGGACCACGCGGGGGUCCACUGGGAGGCGAGAGGAGCAGUUUCGAUGGGCUAGGCGGACAGUUGUCGCUGUUUUAUUGGACGGGGAGGGAGAGGAGGAGAAGGAAGGGGGAGAAGAAGGAGGCGCAGGAGGGGGUAGGGGCGGAGGCAGUGUUUGGGGGGGCAGGUGGAGGGGGUGGUGGUUGUACGGGAGUGAAUCAGGACAAGGUAGCCCCUUGUCAGCUGAUAGGGAUUCUGACGGGGCUGAAAGCGAGGGAGAAGAAGGAGAAGGGGAGGAGUGUAGUGAUGAGGAGAUGGAAGGCGCGGAGGAGGGGGGCGGACUGGAAGGGAGGGGAGGAGGCAAAGGAGCGGGAGGAGUGGUGGGGUGGCGGUGUGCGAGUGUGAGUGGGGAGGGGUUGCUGUGCGAGGUGAUGAGUGAAGCCGUGCGCCUGCGGUGGGGGCGCGACCCCUGGCAUUCUCAAGGGCGCGCAGCAGGAGGCGUGGGGAUGGGAGUGGGAGCAGGAGCGCCGAGUUUCUUUCAUCGAGCCGUGCAGAUGGGGCUGAAGUUGCUGGAGCAGAGUCAAUACCACGUGGUGAAGCUCCUCUUGGACUGUGUCGAUCGCGACGCGCACUUCUCUCAGAACCCCUUGGCUCUUUCCCGAACCAACGCUUCUGGUUCGGCCGAACCUGAAGCCUCGGCUGCGCGUUCCUUCCUUCUGGGCUUCGCCCUGGUUGCCUGCGCGCAUGUCCCUGCUGACCUCCCCGCCUGGUUUCAACUAAGCGCCGGCAGCAACUUUAGCAGCAUUAGCCUGCUAAGUGCCGGCAGCAGUAGCAAGGGACAGAGUGUGCUUUUAGCGGGAGAAGGGGGAGGGCGUGAGUCAGCAGCGAGGGAAGCCAUGCGGGCAGCACUGGUAGAUCGGGCAUCGACAGCAGCAGCAGCAGCAGCAGCAGCAGAGGCAGCGGAGGCUCAGCAGCGGGUGAGGUACUACGAGGCGGUGAUGCGGCUGCUGCAGCGCUACAGCGAGGGGCCCUCCGCCGCCCGCUUCGCCCUCGCCGCCAUCCACCAGACCGACGCCGCCUUUCCGGAAGCUUCCCUCGACGAACGAGACGAGGAGCGGCACUCGCAAGCAGCGGCAGUGGCAGCAGAGGAAGCGGGAGCAGGGGGGGCGGGAGUGGGAGUAGGAGUGGGAGCAGGAGUGGGAGUUGGGGGAGUGGGAGCGGGGGCAGCAGGGGAGGUGGUGAGGGGGGUGAAGGGGCGGCUAUGGGCGAAUGUGUUUGAGUAUGCGGUGCAGGGCGGGCAGUAUGACGAGGCGUUCUGUGCGCUCGCCUCCAACCCCGACCCGCUCACCCGCAGCAUCUGCCUGCGCCAGUUCGUCGCUGUGCUCUGUGACACCGCCAGCUCUGCUGCAGCCGCCUCUGCUACAGCCGCUGCUACAGCCGCUACAGCCGCUGGUGGAACCAUUGCAGCGCAGUCAGCACCAUCAGGACCAUCAGCAGUAUCGGCUGCAGCGGAAGCAGCGGCGGCGGCUGAGGCAGAGAGGGCAGGGAGGGCGCUGUCUACCCUGUGUGGCCGCGACCUGCCGUACGCUGCUGCUGACCUGCAUGUACAGGUGGAGCAGGAGCUGAUGUGGCUCGCUGAGAACUCUGACGUGGCGCUGACUCUGCCGCUGUCCACGUCAGCAUCAGCGCCGGCUGCCACGUCAGCAGCGCUGGGUAGGGUGAUCCCGUACAAGCUGCUGUACUCGUUCCACGUGGAGCGAUCUGAUUGGAGGAAGGCAGCGCUGGCCAUGUACCGAUACGCAUGGCGACUAGGCAGGGAAGUGCUUGGCUUGAGCAGUACCGGCAGCAACCGCACUGCACCCACUCCCACUCCUGCUGCUGUUUCUGGGAGUGCGGAUAGAAGGAGGAAGCAGGGGCUGAGUCCUGGUUACCACCAGCCUAGUCCUGGAAGGGUGUUCAGUCCGGUGGUGAAGGGAAGUCCAGGGAUGACGCUGGGUGCGGAGAGAAUCCCCGAGGUGAAGCUGAGUGCAGUGCGGGACGGGUUGAGGGAGGAUGGGAGGAUGGGGGAGAAUGGGCGGAAGCGAGGGGAGGGGGGGUUCUGGAGAGAGGCGAGUCCGGCCAAAAGGGGGAGGUGGGGAGGAGCGACAGGUGGCGGCGCGUCAUUGGGCCGUGGCACGGAGCCGGUGGGGCUGGAGGAUCUGCGCAGGGAGCAUGCGCUGGUGGCCGCCCAAUCACUGCUCGCCACGUGUCCUGGGACCACUGCCGCGCUGCUGGCAUCAGACGCCCCACCCCACGACAUCAUAUCAGCCUGCGCUCACAACGCCCUCUUCCCCCAGGCUCUCCACCUUGCCACACUCUUCUUUUCGGGCAGCCAGCGGGCAGCUGAACUUUCAGAAAUUCUUUCAGCAGCUGCCCGCCGCUGCUGCAUGGGCCAGCUCGGACUUUCUCCUGCAGCUGCCCGGGAUCCAAACAGCAUUUCUUCUCCUGCUGCAUCUGCUGCCACGUCAGCCGCUGCCAGUGCUGCUGCUGCUGCUGACGUGGCAAACUCCCCGGUGCUGAUGUGGCAGCAGAUGCAGGUUUGGACUGAUGCGUACGUUCGGCACCAUCCGAACCUCCGUGAGGUUGUAGCCCGAGCCAUACUCGGAACCGACCCUGCUCUCCCCUUACCUCCAUGGCUCAUCCGUCUCUUCCUGGAAGGUUCCUCCUCCAUCUCCGCACUUCCCCUCUCCUCAACCCCCCUUCCCUUCGCCUCCGCCCCCUCCUCUCUCUCAUCACCCUCCUUCCUCGCACCGCUCUCCACUCCUUUCAACCCAUCUCUCGCGCCUCCCAUCGCCCCAGACCCGUCAUCACUCCUUCGGGUCUACCUGGACUUCAAUCAUCUCAUCCAAGCGUCCCGAUUGGCCCUCGCGAUGCUCCGCGCGUGGAGAGCCGUCCGAUCGGCCGAUCCGCGCACGGCGAAGCAACGGAUGGGCGCCACGUGGCAGCCACACGCCCUGCUGGACCGGCUGAGGCUACAGCUGGCGGCCGCUGCUGCUGUGGGCGAGACGAGAGGGGAGCAAGAGAGGGGGAGGGGAGCGAGUGGCAGAGGAGGUGGGGGUGGUAGAGAAGGUGUGAGUGCGAGUGCGGGUGUGAGUGAGUAUGAGGUGGUGUGUGCGAUGAGGGAGGAGGUGGAGGCGGCAGUGAGGGCGUAUCUGGGGCAGGUAGACCUGGACGCGGAGGAUUUCAGGCAGGUGGCAACUGGAGGGGCGGGGAGGGCUGGUAAGGGGUCAAAGGCAUUUGGGUCAGGGGCAGGGGGAGGAAAAGGGACAGGGGCAGCAGAGACAGCAGGAGCAGCAGGGGCAGCAGGGGCAGCAGGGGCAGCAGGGGCAGGAGGCGGAGUGCAAACAGCAGCAUUCGGAGCAACUCCUGCCUUCGGGGCAACACCUACAUUCGGGUCAGCACCUUUCGGGUCUGCACCUGUUGGGUCAUCACCUUUUGGGUCAGCACCAGCUUUUGGAGCUAAGUUGACAGGAGGGGGCAUAGGAGGAGCAGCAGCAGCAGCAUCAGCAUCAGCGGCUGCAGAGACUGUGGGCACGGGAGCAGCAGGGGGGAGUGUGUUUGGGAGGCUGGGAGCGGGGUUUGGAUCGCCCCAUGCUGCUCCACCUGCUGCUGCUCCACCUGCUGCUCCUCCACCUGCUGCUGCUCCACCUGCUGCUGCCCCCUCUGCUUCCCCCUCUGCUGCCCCUCUGUUGUUUGGUGGGGCAGGCAGCAGUUUUGGUGGGGCAGGCAAUACUUUUGGUGGGGCAGGCAAUGCCUUUGGUGGGGCAGGCAAUACUUUUGGUGGGUCAGGCAAUGCCUUUGGCGUACGAGGUGGUGAUGGGACAAGCACAGGAGCAUUUGAUGGUGUGGGGAAGGCUGGUGGUGCUGCUGGCGCUGUGGGGCUUGGGUCAAGUGCAGGAGGGCUUGGGUCAAGAAGUGGGGGUGGUGCAAGUGCGGGAUUUGGAGGAGGGGCAGGAAAAACUGACGCGGGAAGUGUGGGAGGGGGACAAGGAACAGGGUUUGGUGGGUUUGGAACGACCACUACAGGAGGAGGUUUUACAGCAGGAGGAUUUGGGGCAGGUAGCGGUGGUUUUGGGGCAGGUAGCGGUGGUCUUGGGGCAGGUAGCGGUGGUUUUGGGGCAGGUAGUGGUGGUUUUGGGGCAGGCAGUGGUGGUUUUGGGGGAGGUCCUGUGGGAUUUGGCACAGCUGCUGGCGGCGGUUCAAGUGGGUUUGCCGGUGCAUUUGGAAGCACAGUGCAGAAGUAA